AAGAAAAAACUCGUGGCACGCCGCUGGAUAGGAGGAGGCAUUUGCGAUUAAAACGCUGAUAUUCACUUUUUCUCUAAAUUAAAUAAAAAGGGAGACACUGAAGAUUUUUGCAUUUCGGCCCCAAUUUUCUUGGCCCAGUGCCUCAAAAACAAAAUUUCAAUUUUCCAACCAGAUUUUAAUGUAAACCCGACAAAAACAUCCGGAUGGUUCAUUUUAACAUACUGAUUUGCAAAAGGACCAUUUUUAGUGAAUCCAAAGUUUCCACUUUCGUCUGCAAAGUUUCCAUCUCUUCCCACCACUCAUUUAAAAAAAAUUCUCAAACCUCACACCAGAAAGAAAAUUCUCAGCACGCCACUGAACAGACUAACUCAAAGUCUGUUUUCUCGGAAAAAUACAGAUAAUUUUAGUGCAACUUUGAACAGAAACUCUGUUAUUAGAGCGUCCUGCAAAUUAACUGGAAACUUUACACUCCGACGUUAGUUGGGAAAACUUUGCAAUAAACGUAUUAAUUUAUUAACGCGUGUUUUCCUGGAGUUUCAGGCAACAUGGCGAUAAGCCUCUAUAUGGUAGCCAAGUGGUUCAUGCUCCCAACUGGAGUCUGGAAACUGUCCAUAUCCCCAAACCCUUCGACUCGAACCAUCUAUUCCAUCUACUCGGUGGUCAUCCAGAGCCUCUAUAUUAUGUACAAUGCAUCUAUGUUGAUUCGCCUGAUCCAGAUGUGGGGCAAAUACCCAAUGGCCGAAUUGUACGUGUUCCUCACCUUAACCAUCCUGAUCCUGGAAAUCAACUACAAGAUAAUGAUCUACUUGAAGAAUGGCAUUCCGCAGAUGUUUGCCACUGUUAUUGAACGCGAAGAAUCAGUCCUUAACAGUGAAGAUGGCGAAAUGAAGAAGAUUUACCUGAGCAGAGUCAAGUACUACAAGUUCGCCACAUUCUGCCAGUGCUUCUGCAGCGGCUUUGGGAUCUCGUGGUUCGUCAUCAUCAACAUCUACACCAAAUACUACAUGCAGGUGAAAGUGGACCAUUUUAUGUACGAGCUUUGGUUCCCAUUCGACAAGGAAAAACACGACACUUUUGUGGCUGGCUACAAUGUAGUCAUGGCGUUCUAUGGGUUUCUGUUCAAUUGCGCCUCGCAAACUCCCCUGCAGACCCUCAUGGUGUUUUCAGCAGCCCAGCUGGAGAUUCUACAGCUGAAAUUGAGCAGGAGCUUUGAAGAGACGGUGAGCAGCGAAGAAGCAAAGCUGGAGCAUGUGAAGAAGCUUAUCCGGGAACAUCAGUUCUUGAUCCAAUUCGUCACCAAUCUGAAUGAGGCCAUCAAAUACACCAUUCUUCUAGAGUUUGCAGUUGAGUCGGUGCAUGGAGCCGGCGCGCUUCUUCAGCUGAUUUCGACCAAAAAGGCCAUAGAGAUUCCUUAUGCGCUGAUGUACUUGUCGUUGCUGGUCAUUAACAUGAGCGCCUUGGCAUGGAGUGCCAACGAAGUGACCACACAGAGCGAGAACGUGACAGUUGGAGUCUACGGAAGCAACUGGACGGCUCAGAGCGCGCCUUUGAAGAAGCUACUGCUGAUGGUGCUGAUGCGCGCUCAGAAGCCCCUCUCUAUCGACGUCGGCCCGUUUCGGCCAAUGAACAAUGAGGCCGCUCUCAUGACAGCCAAAGGCUCCUACACCUACGCCCAAUUCAUGAUCCACUCCAGGUCAAUCAGCAAGUAAACCACGCAAAUGAAACCCUCAGAAUAACUAAAGAAAAUAAUUUAAUAAAUACACAAUUAG